GUUAGGAUUUUUGAUAUUCUGCAAAAUGGCAUUCAAGAUCGCUUGCAUCGUACUGAUGGCAAUGGCCGUUGUGGCAUACGCUGUACCACAAGGCUACGGCCACAGUGGUCACGGUCACGGUGGUCACGGUCACGGAGGCCAUGGCGGCGUCGUUGACGACCCUGGUUUCGGUCACGGAGGCCAUGGUGGAUUUGGUCCCGGAAACCAGGGCGUAGUCGUUGAUGACCCUGGCUUUGGUCACGGUGGACAAGGUGGAUUCGGCGGACAGGGUAGUCAUGGAGAGCAAGGUGAAUUCGGACAGAGUGGUUUGAGACGUGAUGGCCACGGACAACACCACGGUGGAUACCAAACACACGGAAAUUAGACUCUGUUGUCUGUAUAUAUUAAUUUAAAGAAAAUAAAUGUGCUAUUUGUACUGCAAUUUUUUGUGGAUUCCAAAA